CGGCUUCUUUAUUUCUUCUUCUGCUCAUUUGGGCUUUUUCCUUCCUUCCUUGCUCUUCUUCUGUGGUUUUUCUUGAGUCAGGUGAGAGAUGGGAUGUGGAAAUUCCUCACCAGCCACCACCAACAGCAGCAGCAGCAGCAACUCUGCAGGUCGUGCCGAGUCGUCAUCAAAGGCAUCAGAAGAACCUGUGCCAGAGGAUGACAAAUGGAAGAACUACGGAGGUGUGUAUGUGGGUUUUCCUGCAGACCUGAGCAACAUUCCUCAAGUACACAUAGGAUCACUCAGAGAGCAUGAGAGAGACUUGGUGGCCCUCAGGAGGCCGCUGUGGGGGGACGGACUCUAAUUUUAAUGAAGAGCCAGGUGCUACAGAAGAGUGAUGGGACAGAAGGAGAAACCCUGCAGGAGUUCUCCAGGUCCUCAGUGUUUGUCAUCAGGAACUCACCAAAUCUCAGGUGGGACCCAGCAGCUCCCAGCGGAGCCAAUCUCCCUCCCAGCGUCCUCUGUGUGGACUUUAAUGGGACCAGCUCCACCUGGUUCGACUGGCUGCUGAGCCUGCUGCGUCAAAGGAACUGGUUACAGACUUUUGUGCUUUGGAGGAAGCAGAUGGACUCAGAACUAUGAAAACAGUGACAUUUUACUGUUUAAAAAGGUGAAGGUGCUUACGUGGUUACAUGAAGAGGCUGCAGGUUUUCAUUCCAAAGAGGCGACUCCACUGGGUGAACUUCAUUUGGCUUUAUGGGUGGUGUAGCUGCUUCAUGAAGCGCCAGCUGCAGGUGUAACAGUGAACGUCCAUCAACUGAUUCAUCACAAAAUGACAUAAAGAGAGAGAGAGAGAGGCAGGAGCUGUGCAGCAUGUAGCUCUCCACUAACUAACUGACUAAUUAAGGUCUGAAUAGCAGGUAGGACUCGUGCAGAACAAAUUAGAAACACAAGUUUGGUGAUAUUCAGUCAACAAAUCCAAUUAAAAAAAAAACAAUUCUCGGUAUAUCUGAUUUUUUUUUCUUUCUGUGCCAUAAAGCUCAGUUUAGACUCUAAUUCACGUCCAGUCAUGGAAAAAUUAUUAGACCAUUGUUUUCUUCAAUUUAAAAAUAUUCAUUAAUUUAACCUUUUGAUGCACAACAUAUUGACACCCCUUCUAGUGGGCAACAUGGGUCAAAAAUUACCCGCAUUCAUUUCCCAUGUUAUUUAAUGCGGCGGUGUGUUUCUGUGCUCUAUCUUUUGAUAUGAACUUAUUUUAUGAUUGAAUAUUCCAAGUAUUCUUUAAAUAUCUUGUUUCUGAUAACAUCAUAUCAUUAUUUCCAUUUUGCUUCUCAUACUUUAUGAAGAAAAAAGUUCUUGUAUUAUAACAUAGCUAACU